AUGUCCCAUCGAUUCCCUCUUCUUUUUGUUCCACAACUCGUCUUGACUGAAAUUAUCAAAUUCUUGAAGCCCGCUGAACUAGUGACACUCUCUCUGUGCUCCAAAAGAUGUCGAAUCCUCGUAAAGAUUCAUAGAAAGAAAUCAACGAGAGUGAGUAUUCAGUUAUUCAAUGGACAUGUUCCAAGAGUCGGUGUUUGUAUCAAUACAAAUAAUAAUUCAUACAAUGUAUUGGGAUCGUUUGGAGGAUACAGAUUUCAUUUCGAGAGUGCCAACAAGGAAAAAUACAAGAAAAUAGAGAAUCUAGUGAUAUCUGGCCAUAUGAUAACAUGUGCUAUCGAUCAAAGAACAGGAUAUUUGGUGACUUUUUGGGAUGAUAAUACUCAAGGAUUGAAAAUUAUCACAGAUUAUGUGUGCAAUUUGUUCCGGUCGACUGUAAGAACUGUCAGUAUUGAUCAGUAUAGUUCGUGGAUUGUUGACUGGAUUAAUAAAAAACAGAAAUCUCCGAUUAAUAGAAUGAUCAUCAAUGAUCAUAUGGAUGAUUUGAAGAAACCAAAUCUCCUUCAAGUCCUAAGAAGUUUCAGAGGAACUGAAAAGCUUCUAAUCGUUGCAUCCCCACCGAAACUGUUCAAGUUUCCGUAUAAGUUCGAAAAAGUUUCCACUUUAAUUAUUAAAAAUGGAUUCUGGCUUACUGUUGAUAAUCUGAUCGAUCUCGAUUGUGUGAGUAUGAAAAUUAAAAAUACAAACCUCAGCAGUCUGGAAAUCAACAUGUUUUUAUUAAAUUGGAUGACAGGAAGUAGUCGAUUGAGGUGUUUCCAAAUCGAAGUUACACGUGGGAACUUCAAUGAAGUUAUUAAAGAUGUCGAGCAUCUUAUUGAACUUUUCGAAGGAACAAGAGUAUACAAAUGGGAUAAUAUAGCUGAUAUUCAUUUUCACGGUGGCUACAAUAUUCGUAGAGAUGAUGGAAUAACUGCAACUAUAAGCGUUGGACCAAAACUAAUAAUUUUUGCAGUUUGGCCUGAUUGGCAAAGAAAAUAA